CCACACAAUGACUCACUUUAUAAAGGUUGGCAUCUGAGUUCCGUACCUGAUGUUGGGCUGUUGGAGAAAGACAUCCUACCUUGCACUGAGAAACACCCUACCUGCACUCCCUGAAAAACUGUGAUCCUUUAGCCCAGAAAAUCUGUUUCAUCAACUGAGUCUUCAACAUUGCACUUCCUUCACCAUGCAAGCUCUCCUGGGACUCCUCUUCUUCUCUCUGCUUCUUGCUACAGGUGCCUCUUUGCAGUGUGAGAUUUGCAAAGCCGUCGGACAAACCUGUUCCAGUGAUAAUGUGGAAUGUGAUCCUCAACUAGAUACCUGUGCUGUUGUUCAGUAUGAACCCACACCACCAAGCGUCAAUGUCAGCACAAUAGUUAAAUCCUGUCUUAAGAAGACUGAUUGUGAAAAAAUGAAGAUAGGGGAGUCUGGUGGAGAGCUUGGAAAAAUUAAAACGUUUGAAUGCAACAAGGCCCCUGGAGCAGCUGCAUCUCUCCUCCUUGCGUUCUCCAGCCUCCUGUUGAUGAAGAGUCUCCUGUAAUGAAGCGCUGACAGCAGUGCAGAAGAGCCCCCUUCUCAUUUCCAUGCAAAUACCUUCAGACCGAAUCACGUGUUUCACUGGAGAGAUCUGUUGUCAUUUCUGAUGUUUUGAGUAAGAACAAAUAAAGAGGAAGAAAUAAAUAAACCUACUCUUGUUUUGAGGGUGAGAGGGGUGAGCAAGGCCUGUAUUUCCAACAA